CGUGCGCAUAGACCCGGGAGCCCGCUCCACAGCCGUCCGUUCGCCUAUGAAACAUCUUGAUCUCUUCCCGAUCUAAAGUGGCGACUGUCUUGAACAAACUCAACUCCCUCCCCGGUCAUCGACGGAAAACUGCGCCAAGAUUGCUGCGGAACUCUCAGAUCGAGCAGACUGGGCUCGAACAGCUUCGGACAAGAGUCGAAGCGGGAUGUGAACAAGCUGGGUGUUCUGGGGCGCUGCCAAAUGAGCUCCACGGUGGGAAAGUAGGCUGUUCGAAUUCUGCAACGAAUACCGCACAAGGCGCGCACUUAGUGACUUCGUGAACAAGAGUUAUAAAUAGUAUGAGACGUGUGUUAUUGGCUCGAGCUCAUGCAGUAUUCAGGCCGGGACUGAUGACCUUCAACGACAAGGAGAUUACGUUCAUUGGGGCGAACAAAACUGAACCGAGUUUGUAAUGAUUCUUGUAUUUUCCGAGUACAUGUACUUAACAGCAGAGGAUAUAAAAGUGGGAUACAGUCAAGAUAGUCAAAGCAUGGCACGAGUACAAGCAUUUGUACAUAUUGUAUUGCAAUGUUUCAAGUAAUCAAGCAAUCGAGUCACAGUCAUAAAGCAAUCGAGUUCCUAUGAUGAAGCAAUCAAGUUCCAGUCAAAAGCAAUUGAAUCCAAAGCAGUCAUCCCGAGCAGAGAAAUCAAAUCCGUCCAAUGAAGCAAUCGAAACCAAAUGCAAGCAGUCCGUUCGUUCUUUGUCGGUCGGCGUGGUCUUCCAUGACUCUCCACCGCAACACAUCACCGCCUCCGUCUCUGACUCAAUCCCCUCUCCAUCGGCCCCAGCACCUGUCCGACCCUCGCGCUCUGGUUGCGCACCAUCCGGCGCGGCGCAAAUCCACACUCAUGCGGCGUUCCAGCCACCGGCACGCGUCGCAUCUGAUCAAGCACCUCUCGUCCCGGCCCGCGGCGAGUCCGCCGGCGAUCGAACCCGCGCUGCCCGGGAAUACCAGCCACCGGCAGACGGACGACCCGGACGACCGCUCCGGCUGCGCGCUGCCUGCUCGAGCGCGCGAAGGACCCUCUGUGCCCAGGGACGGCGGGGAUGGGCAUCCGCGUCGUUGCCUGAUUCGGCAUGGACUUGCGCUGGGGCGGGGCGGCGACUACGGCUGCAGCUGCUCUGGAUGGGUUCUCGAUGGAUCCUCGGCGACAGGAGAUCGCGGCGACGGGCAUCUGCUUCGACAUCUUACUCGGGAUGGACUGGACGUCUCCAGCACCCUGUCUCGGCAUCGGCAUCCGCACGGCGCCCUUUACCCUCCGUUUGACUCCCUGCCUCUGAGGAGCAGGAUGUGCGCCAGACGCUCCGCUCUGCAACGCCGAAGGGGCCUCUGAAUCCAGGCUCGGCAAAGCACACACCACCGGGAUGCUGCUGACCGCGGGCGGCAACACUCUCCUCACUCUCUUCUCGCGGGCUGGUAGCAGGAAGCAGUCAAUCUGGAGCACCGUGUCCCUGAUCUGUUUGAGUGUUGGUCGGUUCCGAGCAGCGGGGUCCAGCAUCCAGCGGAUGAAAUUCGUCGCGGGAACGCUAAGCCGGACGUAUUUGUUCAGGAAGGCGACGGGAUCGGUGCGGAAGGCGGCGUAUCGUUUGUCAGAGACAUGCGCAGCUUCCCAGGGGUAGCUCCCAGUGACGAGAACUACGAAGGUGAUGGCUAGCGCCCAGUAGUCGCAUUCCCUGGCAGAGUAGACACCGGAUCUACCGGCCUCCAUAGCCUCUGCGAGACGCAGAUCAGAUGACACGGACUGGACAGCGAGCAGGGGUCCACGCACCGGGACUCAUGAACGACGUCGUCCCCCACUGGCCAUCCGUCGGCCACUCGUCACUCGUCGCCAGCCCAAAGUCCGCAAUCCUCACCUCGCGGCCGCGUUCGUCACAGAGGAUGUUGCCCGGCUUGAGAUCGCGGUGAAACACGCCCCUGUCGUGCAUCUGCCCGACGGCAUCCACCAUCUCGAGGAACAGCGUGCGAAUGGCAUCGGGCCCGCGCCUGCGGCCCCUCUCGACGACGGCGAACCGGUGCACGUCCAUCGCACAGAGCUCAAGAACGACGAACACGAAGUCGUCCUCGAUGAACGCCCGCUCGAACGAGACGACACCUGAGAGAUCCUGCAGAAAUGCAUGCAGUCGCAGCUCGCGGCGGAUCGCGGUGACGUGCGGUGUCCCUAGUGCAUCGUUGCGGAGACACUUGACUGCGUACAGCGAUGGGUCGUCGGAUGAUGUCCUUGUGUCGACGGCUCGAUAGACUUUCCCGAAGCCUCCGGCGCCGAGGAAGGAGGUGAGGUGCAGAUGCCCAGAGUCUAUGCGGGUGUUGGUAAGAUCGGGUAGAUGAGAGGCCUCACGAGACAUGACAAGACAAGGUUAAUGUAAAACUUGGCAAGGUAGUUCAGGUAAGAAGCUGUUUAGAAUCGUUCAGCAAGCGCAGGUGAGAACUUGAGAAGGAUCUGUGUUUUGUAAGAGAGCCCCAGAGAGAGAAGCGCUUUUGUCGUCGACUAGGACGUGGAAGCAGAGCACGAAAAGUGGCAAGAAAAGGAGGAAGCCGCAUCAGUGUUUAAAUAUGGAAGGGUGCAGGUCUCAGAUUUUGGUGUCUUAGUGAAUUCGCCGCUCUCCUGUCCAGUUUCGAUUGCGGAAUACAUGAGUGUAAGCACUUGAAUCUGCUGCUUGAAUACUUCAACCUCGAUUCGCAAGGAAGAAGACGAUAACUUGAUCAGCGGCAGUGCCUUUGAGGUCGAGGCUGGUCGAAGUCGGAGAUCGAGCUAGUCGAGGGGAGCAAGACUAGACAGGAUCACGGG